UAUGCAAAGAUUGUACCACUGUACCAAGGAGCCCUCGGCACGGUCUGCGUCACUUGGUCUGUGGCAGCAACGCAAGCAAGUGUGUGGUAGCACGCGACAGGAAGCGCGCGCUUAUCGCGGCUAAAACUACUCGGACUAAAAAGGGCACACAAUCGGCCACAACGGAUUCGAUUCGUUGCAGGUUUUAAGCAUUCGUUGUGCUGUGUGAAGUGUUGUGUUUCGUUAUGCUGCUGCACCCAGCACGAUCUUGGGAAACAAUCGUUUGAAUGUAUUUCUAAACUUAAUCUAACGACAGCGUGCGUUUUCUGUAGAUCGUGAAUAGAAACGGUGAACAACAAGCAGAGGCAUCUUUAAGUGAAAAGAUCACAAUUGUGCAGCAUUCUGACAAAUUGUCCCAGAGGAUCGUCCUUAUCAGUAUCAAUUAUGCAAGCCAUCGGCUACAAUGAGCGAUUUUUCGUCGACAAUUACUCCACCAUGGACGAGGACGAUGAGCUGUAUCUGAGCUACGACUGGUCAUCGGACGCGAUGUCGAUUAAAAGUGCCGGAAGUGACUCAAGCAAAUCGGAUGACAUUGACCAGAACGGCGAGCGGCUCUCGUUGGCGUACGAACGAUUGUCACAGAUCCCGCGCAAAAUCGCCGAGAAGUUCUCCCGCACGACGACGAUCCUCGAUUUGAGCUACAAUGAAAUCAAAGACCUCUCCUUCCUGACACACUUCCGGCAGCUGAACACACUCAUCCUGGACAAGAACGUACAACCGGACGAGCGAACGCUACCGACCCUUCCCAACCUGGAGCUGCUCUGGCUCAACCACUGUGAUAUCAUUAACCUGCAGAACUGGAUCUAUCGCAUCCGCGAAUGCUGCCCCUCGCUCAAGUACCUAUCGCUGAUGGGUAACCCGGGUGCGACCUCCUCCUUCAACGGCAACUCCACGCUCGAACACAACGACUACCGGCUGUUCGUGAUCAGUAUUCUACCGCAGUUGCGCUACCUGGAUGACGCAGAAGUGACUGCCGCCCAGCGUACGCAGGCGAAAAGCUUCAAGCACAGCUACAACCUUAACCAGGGACCGUACAACAUCUUCGAGACGGUAGGGCGUCGUCAGCAGCCGGUACUGCUGCCAAGUGGGGUCGAUGCUCUAACCACAACACCACCGGUAACAGCAACAGCAACGGUUAAGACAACGCCAACGACGACCUCGACGGUAACAUCAACCUCUAAGCAGUCACCAGCAGCUUCGACGAAGGUGUCCAGCACCGCACAGAAGAAACCCCGAAAGCGUCGCAACGGUGCCACACAGUCACAGGGAAAUUCGUAAUUACCUUCCCUACACGAGGCACGGAAGGUGGCUAGUGUUGCAAGGUGUGCUUCCAUUUUUUUUGUAAUAAACAAUUGACCUCAAAGCAUUAUACGAAUGCUUUGUGCACGAUUACAGCAAAAACAUAAA